UAGUUGGUGACGUUGCUGAGUGGUAUUCCUGUCAGGUUAACAUUCAGGCGGCAGAGGGAGGAACAUCACUUAAAUCAUACGAUGUUUCUUUAGUGUUGCCUAACCCAACGCAUUCCAGUUCACCAUUGAAGUCUACAAAUGAUGCUCUCCCGAAACCGAUGGUGACACAGUCCAAAACCAUUUAUACUCAUAUAGAAAACACAGCCAAUAAGGAAUCUCAUAGAUAUGACUAUAUAGCUUCGCGUAGA